AUGAUGAAACGCAAGGGUGGGGCGUUUUCCAGGUGCGUUUCUGGUCUGUGUUUCAGACGGCAAUCGGCGUGGGUGACUGAGGGAGGCCUGGACGCGCAGCGUAAGACACUGGCGGUGGCUAGACAGUCACGAGGAGUACGCGGUGCGGUACAGCAACUCCACGGAAACGUGGUCGGUUGUGAACAGCGACAAUACCACUCUGGCAGAGCUCCGAUCCUGCAUCGUAUCGUUUUCAACUACCAAGUUCCCUGUGGUCCGCCUCAGCCCCCUCGUGCGGACCGAAGACGAGCGCCUGUUCCUCCUCCUCAUUAUGCUCUACUCCGAAGCGAGGCGUCUCGACAGAGAGGCUUGAAUAUCCACGCCUCUGCCUUGGAAGACACCUCAUUCCAUUCCCUUCGUAAUAUCUAUUAUGUUCUCUCUAAUUGCGAUAGCUCGCCUUGGGAUACAUAUAUUCAUUCUAGAUCACACUCUCCUUAUAUGUUCCCUUCUUUCGCUACAUGGUUGCCUUCCAGUUCGAACUGUGUCGUGUCAGGAUCGACUGGACCAGAGAAUUUGACUGCGCACUCUUUGUACACUCCGCCAACAGCGCCUAGCGGUGCCUGCUUACCCCUACUACGUCCUUCUCUCUCCCUCCUAAGUAGCUGCGGCACGCCCCCAAUGCCGUCCAGCCCCGCUCCCUCAAUGCUCGAGCUCAACUUCGACACGGAGGACGUGCUUAAAUCUGUCGUGCGCAACGUCGGCGACAGCUCGCGGCGGUACGGGAUCGAGACGUACCACGACAUGGAGACGUGCGUCGAGAACCGCGUCGGGACGAUAUGCGCCGUGAUCGACUGGACGCGCAAGUCGUUCAAGAUUGGCGGCAAGAUCGCAGAGGUCAGCAGGCUCAAGCGCAAGGCGGGAAGUUUCUCCAGCACUCGUCUCUGGCGCUGGUCCGAAGGCGAAGAGUACACUGUGCGGUACUCUAACUCCGCCGAGACGUGGUCGAUCACAACCGCGCAAAACGAGACCGUCGCCGAGCUGAGAUCGUGCAUCACGCCACUCUCGGGCCCCGUCGCGCUCCCGGUGCUCCGCAUCAGCUCGCUUGUGCGCAGCGAAGACGAGCGGCUGUUUUUCCUGCUGCUGCUGCUAUACUCUGAGACGAGGCGGCUAGAUCGGGAGGCGUGAAACGCUGGAGCGUUGACUGAGGACUAAUGCAGGCGCAUAUAUCCCGCCGCGAUUCAUGGAUUCAGCUCCAAGUCCGGUUACGGCGCAGUGCACACGUACUUCGCGCGCACUAUUCCAGGACGCGCCCAUUGUGAUUCAGGGGUAGCUGAAUAUAUUAUGUAUUUGAUCAGGUGCUUCUUUUGAUGCCGGGAAUCAAUCGAGAUUUCAAAUUGAACAACCUUCCAUCCGGUUCGGUACGGACGA